UCACCGGGAGAAGCUAUCCGUUUACGGCACAGGCUACACGUGCUCGAAAAGUGUGCUCGUUGCCAAAUACUGACAUCAAGCAUGGGUCGCAAACGCAAUCUCGAGAACCCUGUAAAGUCAGGGCCUGGUCGAAAAGCUAAAAAACAAAAGGAACCAACAUUUCCUGCUCUUAUCUCAAAAGAGACGCCCAAAACGCUGAGCAGUCGACAAAAGAAGCGAAUGAAAAAGAGAACUGAAAAACAACUGAUAAAAUCAGCCGAAAAGAAGAAGUUCCUCGAAAGUAAGUCACUAAAGAAACAGAUUUCUAAGAAUGAAAAGGGCUUAGAUAGUGGGAAAUCACAAAAGAAAGCUCAGAAGCGAAAACUGUCUGACGACGAAGAGUCUGACGACUACAAUUCUGACAUAGAAUGGAGCGACCUGGAAGAUGAAUACAGCUCUGAAGAAGACGAUGGGUGAUGAUGAUAAAGUAAGGGUUACACAGAUGACAACAAGGAGUGGUUAAAGCCGAAAAGGAAGCCAAAACAGGAGUCUGAUGAUGAAGAUGAUAGUGGUGAGGAAAUGUCUGACCAAGGCUCAGAGGAAGAGGUUGAUGAAAGUGAAGACGACGGGGAUGAUGAUGAUGACAGUGAUGCUACUGAUGAUGAGGAUGGUGAUGAUGACAUGUUGCCAAUCGAAAAGGCAUCCAAGAAACUGGAAAAGAAGCACAAAAGAGACAUGAAGUUAGCUGAAAAAGAGCUGAAAACAAACAUCGCUGAAAAGGAGACAUAUGUUCUGCCAAGUGGUCAAGAGGUUGAGAAAGAAGCAAGUCAGCCCCCAGACUUGGCAGUGAUACAACAGAGAAUGAAGGACAUUCUUCUUGUACUUAGAGAGUUUAAUGAAAGAAGAGAAGAAGGCAAGAAUCGUAAUGACUAUAUCAUGCAGCUAAGAAAAGACCUGUGCUCAUAUUACAGCUACAAUGACUUCCUUAUGGAAAAACUGAUGGAGUUGUUUCCUCUGGAAAUUGUGGAAUUUCUUGAAGCUAAUGAAGUUCAGAGACCAGUUACAAUAAGGACAAAUACGCUGAAGACACGUAGGAGAGAUUUAGCACAAGCUUUGAUAAACAGAGGUGUUAAUCUUGACCCUAUCGGUAAAUGGUCAAAAGUUGGACUGGUAGUGUAUGACACACAGGUGCCCCUUGGAGCCACACCAGAAUACUUGGCUGGGCACUAUUUGCUCCAGGGGGGCUCCAGCUUCCUCCCUGUAAUGGCUCUGGCUCCACAGGAAGGGGAGCGAGUUCUGGAUAUGGCUGCUGCCCGGGGAAAAACUACCUACAUCGCUGCCCUGAUGAGGAAUACAGGUGAAAUAUUUGCAAACGACGCCAACGCUGAUCGUGCUAAAGCUAUAGUAGGCAACUUACAUAGGAUGGGUGUGAUGAACACUGUCGUUUGCAACUAUGAUGGAAGAAAGGUGCCAAAGAUUAUUAAGGGUUUUGACCGCGUGUUGUUGGACGCUCCCUGUAGUGGGACAGGUGUUAUUGCUAAGGAUCCGGAAGUGAAGAUGAACAAGGACCAGAAAGAUAUUUUACGGUGCUCACAUCUGCAGAAGGAACUCAUUAUCGCUGCGAUUGAUGCCAUUGAUGCUAAAUCCAGCACUGGAGGCUAUCUUGUAUAUUCAACAUGCUCUAUACUCGUGGAAGAAAAUGAAUGGGUGAUUGACUAUGCAUUGAAGAAACGGAAUGUAAAGCUGGUUCCCACUGGGUUGGACUUCGGAAGAGAAGGAUUUGCAAAGUUCCAGGAUCACCGAUUUCAUCCUAUGAUGAAGCUCACACGUAGAUUCUAUCCUCACACACACAAUCUGGAUGGGUUCUUUGUGGCAAAACUGAAGAAAUUUUCCAACGUCAUUCCAACUGACGAUAGCACACCAAAGAAAAAGAAGAAAUCAAAGGUGGAGACAACUGAGACGGACGAGUCUGGAAUCGGCAGCGACGAUGUAGAAGAACCAUCUGUGGUCCCUAAGGAGACCAGAAAGGAGAAAGCAAAAGGAAAACAGAAGAAGGCAAAAGGAAAACAGAACAAGAAACAGAGUGGUGGAGAUAUUAAUCAUGAGAAGGGACUUCAGAUUCAGACUACAGGUGGAAAGAAAAACAAGCAAGAGAAAAACUUCAAACCAGGGAAGAAUAAGAAGUUCAAAUUAAGUGAAAAUGUAGAUACUGAAAAUAAAGGACAGAAGAAUGUGGUGAAAAAGCAUGGUAAGAAGAAAUCAAAGAAGGGGAAGAUUGCUUGAUUGCAGUUGGAAACGUCUGGGACUUUGUGUGGUAUCCGACGAGAUGGACAUAGAACUGGAAGUUUGUGUGGUAUACUGACGAGAUGAGUUUGUUGUCACUGUUUAUCAUGCUUGGAGAAAGUAAUGUUUGUAAUUGUUACCUUGAACGUGAAGGAGAGCCAUGUAUUGUAUCUGAGUAAUUAAAUGUCACAGCCACAAA